GAAGCAGCAACUGCAGCCCAUUCUGCUCCACUCUUAAGAUGUGAGCACAAAACUCUGGCCCCUCGCCCCCCUUAGUCCCUGUUCAGCCUGCCUGGGACUCCCCAUUCUGCCUUAAGUCAUGCAACUCUGCUUGCCUUUCCACUGUGGGUAGUACCAGCCAUCAACCUUGGGGUCUCUUUCCCAUGCAAGCGCCAGAUUGACAAUGCUUGGAGCCUGAUCCAAACACUGCUAUGACAGAACUCAGCCAUGGAACAACCAAAUUUUCAGUUGAAGUGAGACUUUUGGAAGGGCCCAUGAAUUUGUACCCCACCCCUUUCCAUUUUCCUCUCCUUGUUGGUUAUGUCUCGCUCCCGCCAUGGGAGAUCUUCCAAAUUAGUCAGAAAGGAAGAUCUAAGCAAAAAGAAAACCAGCCAACUAAAUAAGGCAUCCAAGAUUAUGACCAAAAAGGUGACGUUGGUAAAAGCUCUGAAAGCUGGGAAAUUAAAACAGCUGAUGCAAGAAAGAAAUAAUGUUAAGAAAAAGUCAAAAACAAAACCACCUGUGCCAGUAAGAAGUCUUCUGACAAGAGCUGGAGCUGCUCGAAGGAGUCUGGAUCAGACUGAUGUCCUUUUCCAGAAUCCAGAGUCCUUAUCCUGCAAUGGCUUUACAAUGUCUCUUCGAAGCACCUCUCUGAUUCGACGCUUGUCCCGACCUCCAGUGGUCAUUACAAGACCUGGGAAAAUUCCAUCCUCUAAGACUUUGGAAAAGGAAGAUAAAUACAAAUAUGGGGUCCUGGCAGAGUCCAAAGAGCAGAUAGUAGAAAUUGAAGAAGAAACAAAUCAGUCGCAAGAAAGCUUAAUUUCUCCUGACAAAGAGGAUCCCAUAGGUAUUGCCUCUGAUGCAUCCCCAAGCAAAGAUAAUGGACAAGAAAAUAUGCCAUUUAAUGAAGAUGCCACUUGGUUCCAAUGUGUAGAGGAUCCCAUAAAAAGUAUUCCUACUCGUAGCAGCCUACAAACUCAAAUUUCUGAGGCCUCAGAAGAGAAUUGUAAGUGUGAAGGCCUAUUCCUUGAAAAGUUAUUAAAUGAUUCAAGUAACCCUGUUCAAGCUCUUGCCCAAGACCCAAUGCCUAUUCCCUUAUUUAAGAAUGCUGCCCAUGUAGUGAACUCUAAAUCAAGGCCCAACAUGCAAUUAGAAGAUUUGGGCUCAAGAACAAAAUUUCUUAAACUGGCUGACUCUUAUUUGGAGCCAAUGAAGGAGAAACCUGAUUCAUAUCAACCCUCCUGUUAUAAAGGCAAAUCUGAACUGGAUCUCCAAAAUAUAAUGGUGCCUAGUGGGCCCAUUUUUCCUACCUCUUUAGCAGAUUACCUCUUAGUAGGAUCAGACCAGCAAGAGGCCAUUCAUCAUUCUUUAGACCAACCUGUGACCCAAAGCAUUGCUUCAGACCUGCUAGAGUCCCAUGGUGCUAUGCAAACUUUGACUUUGGACUCAGGUCAGAUUGCUAGUUCAUUACCAAACUUUGAGAAAAGUCUGGUUGCUGCCACAACAGAUAUAGUUGAUCAAGAGAUGCAUAAACCAUAUGAUACUUGCUUGCUUUCAGAAUUGCCAUCUAACAAUCAUAAUUUCACAAUAGUCUCUGAGAGUGAACUAAAUAAAGAAUCAAAUCCUUUAUCAGAAGAUACCAAAUUGGCACCAAGUGAUCCUGGCCAAUUGGAUGGAGAGAGUCUCCGGAUUAGUGCAGCUAAGGUGAUUUCUGUAUCCAUGGCAUUUUCCAGUACCACGUCUUACCCUUGUCCUUUCUCCUACACUACUUUGCUCCCUACUUUAGAAAAGAAGAAACGAAAGCGAUGUGGAAUUUGUGAACCUUGCUUACAGAAGGCAAAUUGUGGUGAAUGUAUUUACUGUAAAAAACGAAAAUAUAGCCACCAAGUCUGUAAGAUGAGAAAAUGCGAGGAGCUGAAAAAGAAGCCAAUGGUCAUAGUGCCUUUUGAGGUUAUAAAGGAAAACAAGAGACCUCAGAGGGAAAAGAAGCCCAAAGUUUUAAAGAUACAUUUAGACAACAAACUAGUAAAUGGCCCCAAGUCAGAAUCCAUGGAAAACAGUAAAUGUGGUAAUGGUGAAAAACAAAGGUUGAAGUUAAACCAGAAUAUCCUUGAAAAUGUACAGACCAAUGAAGAAGACACCAUGACAGGUAUAGAAGUAGAGAAAUGGUCAGAGAACAAGAAAUCACAUUUGACCAUCCAUGUCAAAGGAGACAUCAGUGGUCCUGCAACUGAGACUGAAAACUUGAAAAACUCUGAAGACAAUGAGAAAAAAAACCUUUUGAGUGACCUCACUGAGCCCCCAAAAUUGUUUGCACAAACUGUUAAAAAUGGCAUUAAAAAUGUAUACUACUCACCAGCUGAAGCUGAUGUGUCAUUGAAAAAAGUCGAGUUUGAAAAAACUCCUGAUUUGAUUGAUCAUGACACAGAAAGCCACCCUACUCCCUCUUUGGGCAGCACUACGAGCUCUGAAGAUAGAGCAGGUGCUUUGUUCCCUGCCAUUUACCAUGCUCACCUUAAGAGGGAAGAAAGUAUUUUAGUGAUACAGAAGACAGACUCUAUCUGUCACCCUACUCAAGACCCCACAGACAUCUUUUUGAACAGUAAUAUCAGUGCCCAGGAAAAUCCGUCCCAUGUAGUUACAUGGGAAAAAGGGUUCAACCAAGGAGAAGUUCCUGAAAGCAAACCCAACAGGGAGCCAAAACAAGAUGAUUCUCCAGUUCAGCCCUGUCUUCUGUCACUGAUGAGAGACAGGAGGCUCACCCUAGAGCAGGUAGUGGCCAUAGAAGCCCUCACUCAGCUAUCAGAAGCUCCCUCGGAAACGUCUUCACCAUCUAAAUCAGAAAAGGAUGAAGAGACUGCACAAGUGACAACAAACUUGCUUCACAGCUGUAAAGCAAUUUUGUGUUCUGUAGGAUCCCCUGCAGGAAAGGACUUCCAGGAUCCAAACUUAAAAAUCGAUUCCCUGGUCCUGCAUCCCUGUCCCUCCUUGGAAAAGCAAACUCCUCAGAAGCCAGUGCUGUACAAUGGCCAAAAUAAUUCAAAAUUGCACAAUAGUUUAAUGACAAAUCACAGCACAUCUAAGACACAUGCAUCUUCAAGAGUCACCACGUCAGGAUCUAGCAUAGAACCGAGUUCAAAUUCCUCCAGGAGUCACAGCAACAAAGAAAUUGUUCUUCAGGGGAGAAUUACUGUUGGCAGGUGUGCCAAGAAUGCACAUGGUUUACAAACAAGUAGCAAGUUGUCAUUUUGCAGGCAAUUACAGGAAAGUACUAGCAAAAAGUCUGACUCCAAAAAUAAUUUGUCUUAUAGGAAUACCCCUCACAGUCAGAUAGAAGAAGAUGUAGCUGCCCAGUUGACCCAACUUGCUUCCAUUAUUGAAUCCAAUAAUGCAAAGCUGGAGGAAAAAGAAGGUGCAAAGACAUUUCCCAGCCUUGAGUGUCACAAUGCCCAGCAAAAAUACAACCAAGAACAAAGCUCAUUUCAAGAGAAACCACCUGUCCCUGUACGGAACAAUCGUGGCUCAUUGUUGGCAAAGCAAAAACCAUCCUCCUAUAAAAGGGGGAAAUCUGCCUCAUGGAAACAAAGACUAAAGAAAAAACCCCAAGCUAAGAGCAGUCAACAAAAUGACCAGAGUGAACGGGAGCGCCUGGCAUGGCAGUACAGCAAAUUCCACGAUCUCUGGGUAGGGUCUAAACUUCGAAGAUUAGGCUACAUUUCCUCACGUGAAUUUCAUGCUACAAUGAUAGAGAGAAACCCUUUACUUACCAAAGUUCCAAAGCCACUCACUCAAAAUACUUUAUCAUCACAACAUAAAAAACUAUUUCUUCCCCUUACUCAGAUAAAAUUUCACAGACAUUUACCUGAGUCAGCACAGGAGAAAAUGAAGGAAAAACUGUUUGGUUUUGAAGAGAUCACUGAACACACAAAAUCGGAGGGUAUGGAUCCUCUGACAAGAGGUGUGGUUCCAGCGGGUUUGCAGCAGAGUGGUGGGUCCUCUACAGAUCCUCUCUCCCUGUUCCACUUAUACACAAAGUCCCCUUUAAGCAGACCAAGCGGCAAUGUACAGGUGUUUACAGAAAAAGGUAACAAUUCUCAGGUACAGCAAUCGGUGAAUGUCAGUCAGUCUCUUAAUCAAUACAGCCAGAGAGCUGGUGCUACAGCUGGUGAAGACCAAACACAGUUUCAGCAGGAUGCGGAAGAGCAAGCACGGAGUCAGAGAUGGCAGAUGCUGCCUGCUCCCAGUUGUGACACCCUGGUGCCAGGCACCAUCCAAACUCUCAGGAAUGAAAACUCAGCAUGCCCAGGUGGAACAACAGUGGGGACAUCCAGCAGUUCAGGGGCAGUUACUUCACAUAGUGUUGGCGAGUCGGGGAAUUCCCCAAGAAAGAACACACUGAGCUGUUUCCUUGAAUCCCCAAUGACCUUCCUAGACACCCCUACCAAAAAUCUGAUCGAUACACCCACAAAAAAAGGGUCAUCCGAACUGCCAAGCUGUAGCUGUGUUGAACAAAUUAUAGAAAAAGAUGAAGGGCCAUACUAUACACAUCUUGGAACAGGACCAAGUGUGGCUGCUGUCAGGGAAAUCAUGGAGGCCAGAUAUGGUGAAAAAGGAAGAGCGAUUAGGAUAGAAGUCGUCGUAUAUACAGGCAAAGAAGGCAAAAGCUCUCAGGGGUGUCCAAUUGCCAAGUGGGUAAUAAGAAGGAGCAGUGAUGAAGAAAAACUCCUCUGCCUGGUUCGCCAGCGUGCAGGCCACCACUGCCAGACAGCUGUCAUUGUCAUCCUCAUCUUGGCUUGGGAGGGAAUUCCUCAUCUGCUGGCUGACACAUUAUAUCAAGAGCUGACCCAGAGUCUCAACAAGUAUGGCUGCCCAACCACCCGGCGCUGUGCACUCAAUGAAGAUCGUACCUGUGCAUGCCAAGGAUUGGAUCCAGAGACUUGUGGUGCAUCCUUUUCCUUUGGAUGCUCUUGGAGUAUGUAUUUCAAUGGCUGCAAAUUUGCAAGAAGCAAGAACCCCAGAAGAUUUCGACUAAUUGCAGAUGAUCCCAAAGAAGAAGAAAGCCUUGAAAGUAAUUUGCAAAACCUCGCUACAGAUGUUGCUCCUGUGUAUAAGAAACUUGCUCCAGAUGCUUUCCAAAACCAGGUAGAAAAUGAACACCUUGGCUCAGAUUGCCGUCUUGGUCGCAAGGAUGGACGUCCUUUCUCUGGGGUUACUGCCUGCAUAGACUUCUGUGCCCAUGCCCACAAAGACACACAUAACAUGAAUAAUGGAAGUACUGUGGUUUGUACGUUGACAAAAGAAGAUAACCGGUCAGUGGGUGUGGUUCCCAAAGAUGAGCAGCUCCAUGUGCUGCCACUUUAUAAAAUUUCCCAGACGGAUGAAUUUGGUACAAAAGAAGGAUUAGAGGCCAAGAUUAAAACAGGGGCCAUCCAGGUGCUUACGGCUUUCCCCAGAGAAGUGAGGAUGUUAGCAGAGCCAGUGAGAGCCACAAAGAAAAAGAAGGCCGACAUCAGGAGGGGGCCAGCUGAAAAGCCUGGGCAGGUGCCAAAGAAACAUCCAACUCCAGUGAAGUUCAAAAAUGGACCUCCUGAAGUGCGCACCAAAGCACCCCAGCUCAUGGGUAACAAAACUGAGGCAUUGCAAGCUGACGUAAAGAGUGAACUUCCAGACCCACAUUUUAACCUUCAUAGUGUGGCCAACACUACAAGCUACUCUUGGAUCAAGUCCAUUCAUCACCCAUUGAAAGGGACAAACUUACCUCUGAACUCCUCCCUGACCCCUGUGUCUGGCUUGGCAACAACUUCAUUUCAGAAUGAUUCUGAAAUUUCCUACGGGUUUUCAGAUCAGGGUAGUGUUCCACCCUGGACAGUGGUUUCUACAAAAUACAGUGGUGCUAAUGCAGUAACCGAGGAAUGCCCUGGACUUCUACUGAAUGCUGAGCCAGCAUCCUUUCCUGGCAUGGCUUCCACCAUGACAGAUCCCCAAAUUCAUGCUGACCUUCCUACUGGCCCAGUUGAGCAUCUAAUUUCCAACAUGGCAAAAUUUCAACCUCCAUCAUUACUGCCACCUGUUACUCAAAUAGCUAGCCCUGGUGACUCCAGCCCAGUAGAAUCAGACAGUGAGCACAAGACAGGUCCAAGAGAAAUUGCUGCUUUGGCUUCAUCCCUGGUGCAUCCGAGCAGACAAGAGCCUGAACUAGCUGCUCCUUUCCCAUCAGCUGCUGAGCAGGUACCAAGUGAUGAGCUGACAGAAUCCGCUGACAGUGAGGAGAAAUCAGAAGAAAUGUGGUCAGACAGUGAACACAACUUCUUGGAUGACAAUAUUGGUGGAGUGGCAGUGGCCCCUUCCCAUGGCUCGGUGCUAAUUGAAUGUGCCCGGCGAGAGCUCCAUGCCACGACACCCAUUCGAAAGCCAAACCGCAACCAUCCCACACGGAUCUCCCUUGUCUUCUAUCAGCACAAGAACCUGAAUGAACCAAGGCAUGGGUGGGCUGUAUGGGAGGCAAAGAUGGCUGAAAGAGCCCGAGAAAAAGAGAGAGAAGCUGAGAGGCUAGCUACUGAAAAUGCCAACAACCAGAAAACCAAACAGCCUACUGAGAGUCCUGAGAUUUUCUGUGAGGAAAAUGAAUUGAACCAAAUUCCUUCCCGGAAAGCAUUAACAGUAACUCAUGACAAUGUCAUUACAGUGUCUUCUUAUGCCCUCACUCAAGUCGCAGGGCCCUACAAUCAUUGGGUCUGAAGGCUUUUAAAACACAGAAUCUUGUCCCUGUGCAAUGUUCUGUUACUUCAAGGUGCUGUUGAAAAAAAAAAGAGUCAAGUUGUAGUUUUCUCUUUGUUCAUCUCAACCAUUUUAAGGCUGAGGUAAAAAAAAAUUGGGGGGAGAGUGAUUUCUUAAAUGUGACUUUAUAUUUUGACCAUUG